GUGCGAGCGAGCCGCGCGCCGAUUGGCCCGCCGCCGCCUCCCCCGCCCCCCGCACGGCCUCCUGGGCCCGCGCGCCGCCCGCCCCGCGCCAGUCGCUGACAGCCGCGGCGCAGCGAGCAGCUUCUCCCACCGAGGCAGGUCUCCUGAGUAUAUUUGAAAACUGAACAAUUUCAGCCAAGCCGAAGAAGCGUCUUCCUGGAGGCACAGAUCCAACUUAGCUGAGCCACAACAGAUAUAAGUCAUCAUGGUGAAAAGCCUCGUGGGCGGCUGGAUCCUGCUUCUCUUUGUGGCCACAUGGAGUGACGUGGGCCUCUGCAAGAAGCGACCGAAGCCUGGAGGAGGCAACACCGGCGGGAGCCGAUACCCGGGGCAGGGUAGUCCUGGAGGCAACCGCUACCCACCCCAGGGCGGCGGCUGGGGUCAACCCCAGGGCGGCGGCGGCUGGGGUCAGCCCCAUGGUGGUGGAGGCUGGGGACAGCCCCAUGGUGGUGGAGGCUGGGGACAGCCCCAUGGUGGUGGAGGCUGGGGUCAGCCCCAUGGUGGUGGCAGCCACAAUCAGUGGAACAAGCCAAAUAAGCCAAAAACCAACAUGAAGCAUGUGGCAGGAGCUGCCGCAGCCGGGGCAGUGGUGGGGGGCCUGGGGGGCUACAUGCUGGGAAGUGCCAUGAGCAGGCCCCCCAUACAUUUUGGCAAUGAGUAUGAGGACCGUUACUAUCGUGAAAACAUGAACCGUUUCCCCAACCAAGUGUACUACAAGCCUGUGGAUCAGUACAACAACCAGAACAACUUUGUGCGCGACUGUGUCAACAUCACGGUCAAGCAGCACACGGUCACCACCAUCACCAAGGGGGAGAACAUCACCGAGACAGACGUCAAGAUUAUGGAGCGUGUGGUGGAGGAGAUGUGCACCACUCAGUACCAGAAAGAGUACCAGGCUUCUUACCAAAGAGGGGCGAGCGUGAUCCUCUUCUCCUCCCCUCCUGUGAUCCUCCUCAUCUCUUUCCUCAUUUUCCUAAUAGUGGGGUGAGGGCAGCUUUUUGUCUGGGGAGGGAAGGGGUAUCUACCUGCAGCCCUUUAGUGGUGGUGUCUCGUUCUUGCUUCUCCAUUUGUCACCCGUAGGCUAAUACCCUUGGCUUGAUGGCACAGGGAAAUAUAGAGCAGGCCUGGCACACUAUGUAUUCAAGCCCCUUUUGAUUAAGUCCUUCAUGGGUUAGUGCAAGUGCCAGGCUGGUAAAAGUGUGACAGCAAAUAAUCAUUCCAUGGCCUAGGCUUAUUUUUUGCCUAGUGCAAUACUGAGGCUAACAUAUUCUAAAAACAGUACUCAAAUACUUUUGCCUAGAUACCUCCGGCUCCUUGCCCCACUACAGCUCAGUAUACUAAUGCCCCGUCUUAGUUGCCAGUGUUUUUGUAGCAAUUUGGACACAUUUUCUCAUUCAUUUUAAGCAAACCUGACUGCAUUUGUCUGUUUAAAUAGCAUUUCUGCAAAAUUUGGAAGGAUACUCAUUGAAAAAAUAGGACUAGAAAUCCUUAGCUCUUGGGCCCAGGCUCAGCCCUGUGUCUACAGAGAACUGUGACAUUCUUUUGCAUUUCACAAUAUAGGCUACACAGCAGCUAUUGCAUCAAGAGUAAUAUUCAUGCAACAUUAGACCUCUGGGCAGAGGACAUUUCAUAGGAAAUGAUCAUAACAUGAUAUGAAAGGCUUCUGGGACUAAAAAAAUCCAACAUUUGGGAGUGGUGCCUUUGGAGGGUAGCUACAUGUGGCAUUCCUUUCCAUUAGUAACAUCCACUAGAUAAUUAAGGCAGUUAAAAAUUAGGUUACCUUCUGGACACUAAGUAAGAACAAAUCUCCUUUGUUCAUUUACCUGGAAAUAGGAAUGAUUUUGACAUUGGGUGAAACCAGGAGAUACUAAUAUAAAGGAAACUAGCUGUAAAAACACCAUGAUCACAGAAGAUUAUGUAAUGGAGAAAUGCUUGCGUUUCUUCAUUGCUGUCUCAUAGUUGUCAAAAACCAGAAUUAGGUUGAAUCCUUCAUGUCUGUAAUUGGAUUUUGAGUUGGAAAAUAAGGAAUAAAUCCACAAAGAAAAAUCUUAGGUUGGAGAUGACAGAAAUAUGAUCCAUUCUGAGUGGAAAAAGAAAUUCUGUUCCUGUUAUUUAAGUAAAAUUAUUCCCUGGAUCAUUCAAUAUUGUCGCCUAGCAGAUCUAUAUUACUAUUCUGCAAUGUUAUUGGCUUACACUGUGCGGGUAUUCUAUGUAAUUAUAUAUAUAUGUAUAUGUAUAUGCAUAUAUAUGUGUAUAUGUUGCAUAUGACAAAUUUUGGUUAGAGCAGUUAAUAUCUGAAGUAUCUAAUGCAUUACCUGUUGUGUAAGGUACUAAAUAUGUGGGGAACCCUUUUGCGUGGUCCUUAGGCUUACCAUGUGCACUGAAUAGUUUUUUAUAAGGAUCCAAAGUGGUCUUUGGAAUAUGCAUGUACUUUAUAUUUUCUAUAUUUGUAACUUUGCAUGUACUUGAUUUGUUGUAUAAAAAUUUAUAAAUGUUUAAUAUCUGACUACAAUUAAACAGGAGCUAAAAUGAG